AUGUGCGAUGGAGACUUGGGCAGCGCUGAAAGUGCAAUAGAGUCUCUGAAGGUUGUCAUCAUCAUUCUUAGAUGUUCACGAAUAGCUCAGCUUUCCGGUGUUACACCGCCUGAAGACAUUGUUGAUAUCGUGCUCGGAUAUCACCCAUUGCAUGGCAACAUAGAAGGAUUUGUUAAACGGUUCGUAUUCGGCAAACCUUCUGAGACUCAACGAGAUCUGCAUAUCAAGUCACACCUGCGUGACCCGGCUGUCUUUUCGUUGCGCGCAUUUCCCACUCGUGCUAUCGGCCUUCUACAUAAGUAUGAGGCUUCUGGGCUCCAUGCCCCCAUGAAGUCCUAUUCAUGCAUUAUAUCCUCCCUAUUCUCUGUCCGAAGACUGGCUGCGAAUUCACAAGCUUGGGACCUUUUCCCGCACAUGCGCUACGUUGCGCACCCGACCCCAGAUGCUAUCUUUGCGCAUUGGUGA